AUGGCCGCCGUUCUUCAAAGUCAGAAGACUGCUCUUAUUACGGGCGCAGCAUCGGGAAUUGGGUUUGCAGUCGCUAAACUCUGUCGGAGUCGUGGCAUGCACCUCGCCCUUCUCGAUGUGGACGAAGCCAACCUUGCCAAAGCAAAGGAAGUUCUAGCGUCGACGGACUCCUCUUCCUCUCUCAAGACCGAAGCCUAUAAUAUCGAUGUCGGCGACAAGUCGCAAUGGGAUAACGUGGCGAGCCAUAUCCGGUUGACGUUCCCAACGGUCGAUCUCGUCCUCUUAAACGCGGCGCGGGGAACCAAACCGAAAGACUCUAACCCGUGGAUUGACAACGCUGAAUACUGGAGAACGAUUUUUGACACAAACGUCUUCGGCCCCAUCAAUGGCAUCAGCGCUCUCCUCCCCCUCCUCAAAAACGACACAUUGCCCAAAUCAAUCGUCAUAACUGGCUCUAAGCAGGGAAUCACCAACCCUCCUGGUGCCCGGAACCCCGCUUACAACGCCUCCAAGGGUGCAAUCAAGAUUCUCGCAGAGCACCUCGCCCACGACCUUCGCUCUGACCCGGCAACCGCGCAUAUCUCGGCUCAUAUGCUUGUUCCUGGCUGGACGUUCACUGGCCUCUCGGGUAACGUCGGGCCAACGUCCGAGAGCGAGGUGCAGAAGCCGCAGGGUGCCUGGCUAUCUAGCCAGGUGGCAGAUGAGUUGGAGAAGGCGCUGCAGCGAGGGUCGUUCUACAUUAUCUGUCCGGAUGACGAGACGGACCGGGCGCUAGACAAGGCUAGGAUGCAGUGGGGGGCGGACGAUAUUAUUGAGGAUAGGCCAGCGCUGUCGCGGUGGGAGAAAGGCUGGAAGGCAAAGGCUGAAAAUGCCAUCCAAGAAGAUGCCGAGAGACGACGGGGCGCUUGA